GCGCUGGACGGCCGCCGCCUGACGCCGCGGGGUGCGGGCGGAAGCAGGAAGGGGCGCGGGCGGCGGCGCCAUGGGGGCAGCGCUGGGGCUGUGCUCGGUGGCCAGUUGGAUUCCCUGCCUGUGCAGCGGCGCCUCGUGUUUACUGUGCCGAUGUUGCCCCAACAGCAAGAAUUCAACGGUGACACGUCUUAUCUAUGCCUUCCUCCUCCUCCUCAGUACUGCCCUUGCCUGCAUUAUGCUGGCACCAGGGAUGGAAGAACAGUUGAAGAAGAUACCUGGGUUUUGUGACGAGGGGCUUCAUACUCUGAUACCACAUCUGGAUGGCUUUGCCAGCUGUGAUUUGUUUGUUGGAUACAGAGCUGUCUAUCGAAUCAGCUUUGCCAUGGCUGUGUUCUUCUUCCUCCUCUUUCUGCUCAUGAUAGAAGUGAAAACAAGUAAUGACCCGAGAGCUGCGAUACACAACGGGUUCUGGUUCUUCAAAAUAGCUGCCAUCGUGGCUCUGAUGGUUGGAGCGUUUUACAUUCCCGAAGGGCCUUUCACCAGAGCUUGGUUUGUUAUUGGUAUUUGUGGAGCCGCCUUCUUCAUUCUUAUCCAGUUGGUGCUUCUUGUGGACUUUGCUCACUCCUGGAAUGAGAGCUGGGUUGAGAGAAUGGAGGAGGGCAAUUCUAAAUGUUGGUAUGCAGCUCUGCUGUCCUGUACACUCUUGUUCUACUCCUUGUCGCUGGUUUUUGUUGUGCUCUUCUAUGUUUUCUACACGAAGUCUGAUGACUGCACGGAGAACAAGUUCUUCAUCAGCAUCAAUUUGAUCCUGUGCAUUGCUGUUUCCUUUAUUUCUAUCCUUCCAAAAGUUCAGGAACAUCAGACUCGCUCAGGCCUCCUCCAGUCCUCGAUCAUCACACUCUACACCAUGUACCUCACUUGGUCAGCCAUGUCCAAUGAGCCUGAAAGAAACUGUAACCCCAGUUUGCUGAACAUCAUUACACAGAUAACAACACCCACAGCUGUCCCAGCAAACACCACUGUCAUCCUGGCCACUCCAGCGCCGCCCAAGUCCCUGCAGUGGUGGGAUGCCCAGAGUGUUGUUGGAUUGGUGAUCUUUGUACUCUGCCUCUUGUAUUCCAGCAUUCGCACCUCGAGUAACAGCCAGGUGAACAAGCUGAUGCUGUCUGGGAGUGACAGUGCCAUUCUGGAGGAGACCCUGGGAACAGGCAGCGGUGCUGCGGAGGAUGGAGAGGUGCGUCGUGUCCUGGAUAACGAGAAGGAUGGUGUCAAGUACAGCUACCACUUCUUCCACUUAAUGCUCUUCCUCGCUUCCCUUUACAUCAUGAUGACACUCACUAACUGGUACAGCCCCGAUGCAGAUUUUAAAACCAUGACAAGUAAGUGGCCAGCAGUGUGGGUGAAGAUAACCUCCAGCUGGUUCUGUCUCCUUCUCUAUCUCUGGACCCUAGUGGCUCCUCUUGUCCUUACCAACAGGGACUUCAGUUAAACUGCUGUACCUCUGAGCUUACAAAGGUGGGGAACUUUUUGCUGAAAGCCAAAUUAUUCAUUGCUUUAGUUAAAUGGUCUAUGUUACCAUUUCUUGUGAUAUUAACAUGCAGGUGGAUAGAAAGUUGUGUAUUAAAUAAUGCAGGAUCAGUAUUAUUAUUAUCAGUUAUCUUUCUAUUUUAACCUUCAGUCAUGGUUAUCUCAGUACUACAUUUUUAACAUCCACUACAGCUGUGCUGGCAAAGCACAAAAGAAAUCUCUGUUCUGUCCAAUAGCCACAACCUUUCUGCUGACUAGAUUAACAUUUAGCUAAAUAUGAAGUAAUAUAUUUUAAAGAACAGUUCUAUUCAGCAUAAUGCACUAGUAUGCUAAUGCUCCAGUUUGUGGAAGUGUAAGCCAUGCUAAUGAUUUCUACAUUCCACUGCAGAAGCUUAUUUAAAUUAUACUUACCUCCUUGUGUUGUGGCAAGAAAACAACACACCUUAUUCCUCACCAAAAAAACAGAGCUUUGAGGUUGAAGAACUGGUUAACUCUAAAUCCUUUCAAGAACAAACUUGCCCUUUCUAAGAGGCAACUUCUCUGGUAACUUCUUUUUUAGUGUUUGCCAAAUCUUGAGUGGUAAGUCCAUAUGACUAGCAGUUUAAACAACUUUUAUUAUGAUGGAAAAAUAGAGCUAAUUGAUUUCACUUGUCUGAUAUGCUUAUAAAAAUGUACAUGAAGUUAUUAUUAUUGGCACUAAGGCAUUUGCACUGUAAACUCAUUUGAAUAAAGCAAACUAACUACUGAA